GUAUAGUACUCAGAAUACAGUAUUAUCAAUUUAUACUGUAAGUCAUAGUACAAUUUUGGUAUAAAAGAUAAAGGCCAUGUCCUCUUGUUCUAUACAUAUUAUACCGUAGUUUUUAGUAUAUUAAACAGAGUAUUCAUCCAAGUCUCUGGGGGCAUCUCUUGUAAUUAUAGCAAAGAAGAAGCAGAGGAAGAAGAGGUGAAGUUAAAACUUGCCUGAUCAGUCAUAAUCUUGGCCCAAUCAGCUUUAGCUUCCAUCAGGUCACGUGGCUGAUAAGAUCUUCCAAUUUUGAAGCUUCGGUCGUCGAAUAAAGAUAUCAACAGACCAAAUCAUCAGCUCUGCAAGCUCAAUCUCUCUAGCUAUAUUGGGGAUUCUCAUUUAUUUUGUCAUACUUUUGCCAUAACUCUGGUCCCCUUCUCAACUUGUGUACACGUGCCAGCUACUAAUUCUAUAUCUUCAAGAUGAAGCUUGUCAGGUUUCUUAUGAAAUGUGCGAAUGAGACUGUUACAAUCGAACUAAAGAAUGGUGAGUGGUUAAGCGAUGUGUACCUCCGAUAGACAGAUGUGAGCGAGAACUUUGCGGUUCUCAAUACCACCAAGAUCAAGGCACACACUGCGCUAAAUGCGGAUUAAAACCCACCUGCGUGGGAAUUUUUGAAUAAAUCUAACGAACUUUACCCGUAGGAACCAUUCUCCAUGGGACAAUAGCUUCCGUCUCCCCGCAAAUGAACACCGCGCUGCGCACCGUCAAGAUGACCCCCAAGGGCCGUGACCCAAUCUCCCUCGAUUCAAUAAACAUACGCGGUUCCACCAUAAGAUACUACAUCCUACCCGACAGUCUCCCUCUUGAUACCCUACUUGUCGAUGACCAGCCUAAACCAAAGAACAAGGCACGAAAGGAAAGUGACCGUGGUGGGCGCGGCGGUGGCAGAGGUGGCCCUAGAGGAAGAGGUGGACGAGGAGGUGGCAGAGGGCGUGGCCGGGGCCGUGGAUUCUAAGUGUCCGUUGUGGCGUGUUGAAUUUGCAGUGCUGUUAAUCCAGGUUUGGCGUUCUUUUACAAAAUGUGCCCUGUGAUGGCAAGGAAAGACGGCAGAAAUAUCUCACAAAUAUAAGCUUGUACGGUUUCAUGAGAAGGGGAAAUGGUAUGAGCACCAGAGACCUAUAUAUUAUUCUUCCCUAAUA